UGAAGCUUCUUGCAUUCCCGCUGCCACCACGGCGUAACAUACUUUCUCUUCUGCGCAAGCUACAGGCGUGCCUCCACGCGUAGCGCACGUACCUUGCGCCUAUACCCUCCAGAUCGAUGGAGAUUCUUGAUCCGGAUGCUCCACAUACUGACGCUGGGUGGAAUAUGAAUUACGCACAGAAGGGAAUGGGAAAUCUCUUCACACAACCCCUUCGUAAACCGUACCCCCCCCCCGGGGGAGUCCCCGGUUUUGUUCCCUUUCAUUCACUUUUGGGGCUAGAGGGAGCAAGCGGGACAGGUAGCGCUUGAAUGAAGCUGUUGGUGAAAAAGAAAAGAAAAAAAACAGGUGUGUGGAGAAGGAAAAACAGCACAAGCGGCCACAUGUGGUUGGAAAAAGAAAACACACACACACACACACACACGCGCGAAAAGGGUUGAAAAGAUGGUGAGAAAGGGAGGAUAAGAGCAACAGCCUGUUUGCUCAUAUGUGUGUGUUAGAGGGGCAGAUUGCAAAACGCUCCAAGGCGGGUCUCGCUCACACAGUUUGCUGAGCCUUUCCAUUACGCUCCCGCAAUCAUCUUUUCUUUUCUUUCUGCUCAAAAAUUGUUUUUUCACAGGUGGUUAAACUCGCUUCAACCUACCCAUCCGUUCCCAUGCGUGGCGAAAAACCUGCUCCCCAAACACCGCAACAGACAGAGGGAGAGAGAGAGAGAGAGAAAGACAGAUCAGAAGAAAGGAGCAAGGCGCUUCACCUGUUGGAGAGUGAAAGAAAACUGACCAAGCAGCAACACUGAGGGAGAAAGACAACAACAAAAAAUCACACACACCAGAUUGUGGUUCCCAGAGGCGGAGAAGCAGAACGAAGCAGAAGAAAGCCUAGAUGGACUCGGCGUGUGCAGCUUCCACCGAUCUACAGCAGCUUGAAAAAACGUGCCUCCCGAAAGCAACGGUAAAUGCCGUUGGUGCUACGAACGGCGAGAAUGAUGAGGAGGAGACACCGAAUGGGACUGGCGGUGAUGGUGGCGCUAGCUGUAUGACGGCUGUGGAUAGGGUCGUCGACGCGGCGGCGGUAUGCGACGGUGCGCUGGUGAAUCUCCCGCUCGGUCGGGUGUCCCCUCCACCGCUGACGGAGGUGGAGGAGCCGAUCGACGAUGGUGAGCAUACCUGCUGCGAACUGGCUGUGCAACCAUCAACUACCGAGCAGCACGACGCUGCGCUGGCGAACACUGCCGAAGAAGAAACGCUACCCAGCGCAACGGUGGAUACAUCGGAGGUGUGCGCGGCGCUCGCGGACGAGCGGCCGAUGUUUAUAACGGCACUUGCCCCCAGCAGUGUGGAGGUUCCCGCAGCCGAGAUCAACCAAGUGGCAGAGAACCACAACACUUUGGCCACGAUCGUCAGCGAUCACGGUGCAACAACGAUCAACGGUGCGCAACAGCAGCAGCAGAUCGUCUACAUACGCGGUACGUCAACGGCUGAGCUAACAGCAGCAGUAGGAGCAGUACCGACAUCAACAACAACGGCAGUGACAACGGCAUCACCCUCAGCGCUGGUACACUGUAGCGCCUAUCCUAACAAUAACGUGGUGCGAAUACAGAUCAUCCCGGCGGAGCAGUGCGAUCGGCAGUCGACUCCACCAUCACCGCUAGGGUCCGAUCCGUUGGAGGAUUGCAACAACAACAGCGUACGUGGCGUUGGUACGAGUGUUAGUGUGGUCGGUACCCAAUCCGGCACCAAGUGUCAGAAUUCCCAGAUUACGGUAGUAUCGUUCGGUGCCAGUGACUCGCAAGGUACCGAGUGUACCGCUUCUUCGUUGUCGGAAAGCGUUGAUAACGUGGAUCAUCCGCUGCCAACAUCGUCCGCGCAUGACGCCGUGCUGGUGACGGUUACAAUCGAGGACAGGACACUGCUUAGCGUACCGUCGACGACAUCCCCGGAACCGCUCAAUACCGAGUCGGUUGCCUCAGCGCUUGACAUUGAGCCAGGCGAUAUGGUGCAGAAGAAGUUGAUAGUGCCGAAAGGCGGUUCCGCCGCUGACACAACCGAACUCGAUAGUUCCACUUACGUCUACUACAUGGCAGCGAUGACGGCGGCGGCGGCGGCGGCUGCUACCCGGGACGGUCCCCGCACCCCAACGUCGUCCGCAUCUGGUGGAAGCAGCGGCCAGUGUUCCCCGAGUGACAUGCUCGACAGCGGUACCUGUAGCGAUAUCGAACUGACGCCUCCACCGCUGCCGAAAAAGAUGUCGCAAAUACUGAAAUCGUCAUCCGCGAUAAAGAAGAGCCUAGGUGCGGACGGUAUCCAUCAGCCGGUGUCACCUACACCAACGCCACCGCCGUCGGUAACGACGGCGACGGGGACGGCGGUCAGUACCGUGCUGCGACAGUACUCACCGGUUGAUAACGCAACGGAUAGCGUUAUCAAUCAGCAGGGUCACCACCAACACCAUCAUCAUCAUAUCGAGCUGCAGCGGCUGGUACAGCACCACGAGGAGGAACGGAACAGACAGAACGAGCACGGAAAACAUCAAACGGGCGUUGAUUUGACGUCCGACAGUUACGCCGCCCGUCAGCAGCAGCAGCAGCAGCAGCAACGGCAGCUACCAUCGCAGCUCGGAAGCAUCAUAGCGACCGAUAGUGACGGAUCGGAAUCGUGUCUGAGCUGUGAUUCGCUUAACUUCGAGCACCUGUCGAGUUUGCAGCCGUUGGCGGAGAUUGGUGGCCCAGACCUAACACCGGCUGCGGUGGAACGACCCAUUCCGGACGGUUCCUCCAGUACAGAGGCGACGCAUCAGAUACGACCAAAAGUGCCGGCGUACCUCGCGGGGAAGCGUGACGGUACGAGUGUUUGCAUUCUUCCAGAUUCACUGCUGGCCGCCAUCCGUGGAAGCCGCCCGAAGGUCUACUGCACUGACGACGACGACGACGACGACGAUAACGAUUCGGUGGAAGGGCAUAAUACAGAUCGGAAACAUUUCACACCCAUCCCUUCGCAGAAUGAUGAGCCGGGUACGGUUGAUCUGACCAGCCUCGGUUCGGCGGCGGUAACCACCAACACCGCCACCACACGUUCCAUCCUGAUGGACAAAAUCAACAGUCUCGAAUGCGGCAACCGGAUGCAGCGGGUCACCGAUCAAACGGACCACCAUCAUCAGCACGAUCCAUCAAACAACUACCUCCAGCAUAUGCAACAUCUCACGAUCAACGAUCCGGCGGGUGUGGCGCGGGCGCAGAGUAGCUGCUCCGCCGGCUCCUUCACGACGGAAAGUGUCCGCAGCAAUCAGUUCGAGAGUGAUCGGUAUUACAAGUUUCACAUUAACGAGCGUGGCCGACCGGACGGUAGUGGUGAGCCGGGUAGUAGCUCUCCAGAAACGACACCGUCCGUGGUGGAUGACGACGAAAGCUUCGCCGGUUUGAAGGACCUCAGCAAUGGCACGUCCACAAUACGCAGCAACAAGGGCACGGUACGGGGCGUUAAGAACCGUGUGCGCAACGGUAUCGCCACCUUUCUCCAGAUGCAGCAGACCGGGCUCAAGAACUACAAAGACAAGGAAGCCGGCAAGGUGGUCGUCUACAGCACGAGCAUGGGCAUCGUGCGGGAAACGUACACGAAAUGCAUGAACGUGAAGCAAAUCCUGCGCACGCUGCUGGUCAAGUUCGAGGAGAAGGACAUAUUCAUGAGCAACGAGUAUCAGCAGGAAAUCAAGGAGCGCAUGCAGGUCGACACGAUCAACAUACCGCAGGUGUUCGUGGACGGGCAGCACAUCGGUGAUGCGGAAUGUAUUGAAAGGCUGAACGAAAGCGGUGAGCUUAGGAAAAUGCUGAAACCCUACAAGUGCUUGGAGUCACCCUAUAUGUGCAAGGUGUGCGGAGGCUAUCGGCUACUACCGUGUCCUUCCUGUGGCGGGUCGAAGAAAUCGAUCCAUCGGAAUCACUUCACUGCCGAAUUCGUCGCACUCAAGUGCAUGAACUGUGACGAGGUGGGGCUGGUAAAGUGUCACAACUGUUGAUGCCGUUGCCGGGGGGCUCGUAACCGAAGGAUGAGAGGAGGCCGGCGAUUUGUGCGCCAUUCCCACAAACCGAUUUACCCACAACCCUGUUCCUAGGACUAAUCGUUCCACCUUCUGCUGUUGAUAGAAUAGUUUGACCACUUUGUGGUCUUUUUUCCCCAACAUUUGUGCUUCUUUCUUUUUUUUUAUCAGUUUCCAUUACAUUCCCGUUUAGAGAAUCAAACAACACGGUUUUUUUUCUGUUUAGAGAUAUCGAAAGCACUUAAGCUAGGUGAGUCAGGUGAUAUAACGCACUUUUUUGAGUUUUUUUUUGUUUGCUUCUCACUUUUGAUAUCGAAGGACACGUAGAUAAUAUGGCUAACCAGGUACACGCGUAGCGCGCUGAGAUAGUGGAACACAUUCCGAUAUAAACUGCCGUAAUUCCGUCUUUAGAAAGGAAUAGUUUUUUUUCCCUCUUCUUCAGAGUUUCUUAGCGCAUUCCACAGCAAAUAAUAUUCUAGUGGAUAAUAGCUUUCAAUGUUGCCUACCCUAUCCUAUCUGCUACUACUUCCUACCAUAGCAAAACAUUAUUUAAAUCAUUUUUUUAAGGUCGUGGUAUUAUUUCCAUUUUUUUUGUUUUUUUGUUUUUGCAAAACCAUUUCAAUAUCCUCGAUUUGUGUUUAAUGCGCGAACUCUAUAAUCCUGUUAUUGUACAUAGAAACGAACAAUACUACUAGUAACUGUGUUUUUUGCUCAAAUGUAAUCCAGCGUUAUUCGGACUUAAUAUCGACAUUAUAAUCUUAAUACUCUUAAUACUGCGUGUGUGUGUGUGCGUGUGUGUAUAUCGUCGGCCGGCCAUUCGUGCUUGCAAUUGUUCUUUUUUGCGGGGGGGAAAACUAUCUCGACCCGAGACCCGUACGCGCGAUUUUGGGAAAUCAAAUAAUGGGGUUGUAUAUCAGUAAGAAACAAAAUAAACCGUAAACACAGUACGCGAAAUGGGUAUAAUUUCUCGAAAAUAAACAAACAACAACAAAAUGAAUGAAUCGAGAUCGAAGUGAAAGGGUA